CAUUGAUUAUUUCGAUGGAGCCAUAAUAUUUAAAAGAAGAAGAAGAAGAAGAAGAACCUGUGUUAUAAAAAUGAAUAUGGACAAUGUUGUUGAUACUUUACAAGAGGAUCCUGCUGAAGUAGGAUGUCAAAAUAAGUCACAGAAUACACACAUUAAACAAGAAUCUAACGUUGGAAUAAUCUUGGGCACAGAAAAACAAAGCGCAGCCUGGACAAACAAAGCCACUUCAAUGCUUCUGAAAUCUUAUGAAGAAAAGCUGGAAAUGUUGGAGACACCAAAAAAGAAAACCAGAAUUUGGAUUGCAAUAGCGGACAGCUUAAAAGAGCAUAACUUAGAAGUGACACCAGAUCAAGUCAGGUGGAAAAUUAAUGCAUUGGCCAAAAAGUACAAACAAUGCCUAGAUAACGGACAACACAAUAAAUUUAAAUUUUUUGGUGUUAUGGACAAUAUUUAUGCUCAAUAUAAUGUUGAUUGUGAUUCAUAUAAUUUACACAAUCCAGAUCUUAAAGAAUAUAAAAAAAGUAUUCGAAAAAAUCAAACAGAGCAUCACUCAGACAAUGUGACUACAUCUUUAAAAGCUGUUCAAGAAAGCAGAGUUUUAACAGAGUUAAGAAAGAGGAGAUUGGCUAGAAGAAUAGAAUCUGAAAGAUCUCAGAGCAAAAUGAACUUAGAAAGACAAUGGUUAGAAUAUUUGAAAAGACAAGAAUUGCAAACAAAAUGGAGAGAUGACGUUUUUGAGAAACAUUUGAAAUUGAAGAAAGAAGAAUUAGAAUUAAGAAAAAAAGAGUUGAAAAUUAAGGAAACACUGGAACUACAAAAGUUAGAGGUACAGAAUAAGGAACAAGAGGAAAUGCUACAGAUAGAAAAAGAAAAAUGUAAAUUA